UUCCAUGCACCCACGUCAAUCAAACUGCAUAGGGCAAAAGAAAAGAGGGCAAUAAAAGGGCACUGUCUCUGCCAGACAGAAACAAGCCCUCACUGCAAGAGGACAUGUGAAGCACGGCAACUUGAGGCGUUUCCCAUUCCAAAUCAAGAACAGGCUCUGGAGCUGAAACAAGACCCAGGCUCCAAUAAAGUGGAUUAUUUCCAAGCAUUUGAGAAGCUUCGGACAGCUGCAGCUAGGAUGAGAAGUCUCACAGUCCAGGGUGAAAGAAGAACAGGGACAAAAUCAAAACUGCUUCUUACCUAGAACUGAGCCGAAUGCCCUUGUCUGAUGAGCCUAAAGGAUAUAAACAAUAUUGCCGAGGUCUCUUGGAAGAACUGCCCAGAUGACAUGAUGCUUAAAGAAAAUCUAGUUUCAAGGCUUUUUAGCAGACCCAAGGGCACAGAAGAUUUUGCAGAAACUAACGAGGGCACAUCAAAUAUUUCGGGGCUUCGAGACAGCUUGGACGAAGUCCAAAUGAGCAACUGUAGCGAAUAUCCCCACUCGAGCAAUGACAGCUCAACAAGUCAGAGUUCCUGGCAGGACCACUUUGUCACUCUAAAGCAGCAGAUGGCCAGGCAGAAGGCAGAGUACGAAACUAAGAUUUCAAGCCUGGAGCAAAGGAACAAAGAAUUGCAGUUAGAGAUUAAAGAUCUGCAUUCGAAACUGGGUUGGCAACGGAAGUGGCAUUGCUUGGUGGAAAUGAAAAUGCGCAACACAGAGAGGGCGCACAAAGAUGCGGAGAGAAGGAAUGAAGCACUUCAGAGGGAAAUGGAAGAGUUUUUUGAUACUUUUGGAGAAUUAACACAUGAAGGAAAGAUACCAGAGCAGAUUGGUCAGAACUUAUAGGGAGUGACUGGCCUUGAUUCUGGCUCCCCUCUGCCGCCACUCCCAUUUUCUUACUACUUCCAAAUGUAAAAGGUGGAAAUCCUGGACUUUUCAGAGGAAUAUAACAUACCAUGAUUAUAUAAGAUUCUUCUUGCUUAUAUUUUAAAAUACUUCUAUAUGUUGUAAAGUAUGUUGUGCAAUGCUUAAUUCAAACAGUUAAUGCAGAAUUCAGGGUUACACACUAUGAUACCAUUGACCAUGGCAGGCUGCUGGAUUGGCUCCGUGGCAUGAAUAUGGGGGCAUUGGUUCUAGUUUCAGCGUUGUGCCCAGAAAGUAGCACUGAUAAAAUGUUCCUCGGGCCCAUGGCAGUUAUGCUAUGGGAUCCCACAAGGCACUCUUUUAUCCCCAGUGCUAUUCAACACUAAAUGAAGCCAAUGAGAGCAGUCAUUGGGAGUUUUGGAACAAGGUGCCGUUCAUAUGCUGACGAUACUCAGCUCGGUUUCUCCAUUGCAUGUGAUUUAGGAGCAGCAGUGAAAGACUGGGACUAGUGCCUGGAUGCAGUGAUGGGCUGAGUCUGAACUAUGGGAAGAAAGAGGACUUUGGGGUAGGUAGUUCUUUGAUCUGGGAUGCAGGCCCAAUUACCUGCCCUGGAUGGGGUUGCACUCCCUCUGAAGGAGCAGGUACAUAGUAUGCUGCUUGAACCACCAUUGUGACUUAAAUCUCAGGUGUCCUCUGUGGCUAGAAGUGCCUUUUAUCAGCUUCAGCUGGUAUGUCAGCUACAGCCAUUCCUGGAUAGGGGUAACGUGAACACUGUAGUUCAUGCUUCGGUAACAAUCAAGCCCCAAUUACUAAGAGACGUGCGUUGGAUUUCCAUUUGCAGGCUCACAGUUCUUGUACGCAUGUUCAAAGCCCUGAAUAACUUAGGCCCACAAUACCUUAGGGAAGGCAUGGCCAAACUUGGCCCUCCAGAUGUUUUGGGACUACAGUUCCCAUCAUCCCUGACCACUGGCCCUGUUAGCUAGGGAUGAUGGGAGUUGUAGUCCCAAAAAAUCUGGAGGGCCAAGUUUGGCCAUGCCUGCCUUAGGGAUCUCCUUACCCUAUGCAUCCCAAGUUAAUCACUGAGGUCAUCCAGGAGAGCAUCACUAUGGGCCAGAAGCAUGACUCAUGUCAAAGAGUUACGCUUUCAAGGGUCCAACUCUAUGGCACUCCUUCCCCCAGGAAGUUAAGACAUGCACCAGCCCUAGAGAGUUUCAGAUGCAUGGUCAAAAUGCUUUAUUACAGACAGUUUUUUAACCCUGAAUGCUUCUCAAUAUAACUUUCUACUUUUAAUUAAAAAACAAUCCUUUGAGAGUUUAAAUUCUUGAGAUUUUAAAUUUUGGAGGUCUUUUUUCUUUCUUUCCAGGGGACAAUCCCAUAUCAUGGGGUAUAGUCUGCUAUCUGUGUUACUGUAAUGAUGGGCAACAUGGAUAAAGAGAAUGAAGACCCAUUCACCAAUCUGUGUGGCAAUCAUUUAGAAAUGUAUACUGAAAGAGAAGGCAGAUCCUCUUAUCUCACCAUCUCCCAUUCCUUAGAACAGGGACGUCCAACUCCCAAGAGACUGUGAUCUACUUCCAGAAUAAAAAAACUGGCAGUGAUCUACCCAGGGUUUUUUUUGGGGGGGGGGCGGACCCAAAGUUGUUGAGCUUUUUUUAGGAGGGCAGGCAAAAUUCACUCACCGGAUGAUUGCUCAGCAAACAAUAAACUGCACUGUCCAUCUUCCAUUUUUGCAAUUGAGAGCCAAUAAACAAGGGGGCGGGGGCAGAUGUUCUUUGAGCCCGCAAUUGACCACUAACACCUGGUGAUCGACCUGUCGAUCACAGUCAAUCAGUUGGACAGCCCUAGCUUAGAAUAAUUAUAAUAUGGAAAUAAAGACAAAAGGAGGCGGCGGCAAGCAGGCAGGCAAACUCAGGAGGAAGGCUGCUUACGUGUUCAGUAUCUUUGCAAAGGAGGAUGGGGAGAAAACCAGAAUAAAUUAGCCAUGCCUCCAUUGACCCAUUUGACUGUCCUACCAGGUCCAGUGGUUACUAGCUGCCAUUGCCAAGAAGGAAGUCAGAACAGUGGGUGUCUGGCUAAGUGGGAACCACAUGUAUACUUUGGGUUCAAUGAUGGAAAAAAGUGAGAUAAAUUUAACAAAGUAAAAUAAAAACGAAUGUGGCAUUCCAGGUCCCAGCAUUAGCCACUAACACAACAAAGAAGGUACAUGGCCUUCUUUAUUACAAAGAUUGGGUAGAAUGUUAUAUAUCCAGAAAAGCUACCUCUCAUGCAGAAAACCACAUUGGAACAAAAAAAUUAUUUUCCACAACAGA